GGUUUGCCAUUGUAACUCUCAUUCCGGUUCUAUCAAUGUGUAUUGGUGAUUCAUCAAAAGUAUCCAGCGGGCUCCGAUGGUAGAUCUGAAGGGAAGAUUUACUUUCAGAGUGUGAACCUGACCCAUUAUAAGACGGCUCUUUUAGGGCAGUCUUUUUUUUCCAGCCUAACCCCCUCUUUGAGAGGCGUAUGGCCAAUGACUGUGUGACAUACUCUGAACAGUAUAUCAAAUGGUUCCCUACCUAGACAGUUUGAGGUCAUUAGGACCGUGUCCACAUAGCAGGAGAUGGUAUCCUUUAAUGAGCACGGUACAUUAAAGACAGCCUAAUGGUGCUUUGUACUGCUCCCUCCAUGUCCAUGGAUAAUGCACCUGUUGCAAAUGGACGCUACUCUUCGCUGUGGAAAUGGAAUACAUAAUAUCAACAUCACUUUUCCAUUUCUGCAGGCUGGAUGGGAUGAGUCAUCGUGUGUGUGUGUGUGUGUGUGUGUGUGUGUGUGUGUGUGUGUGUGUGUGUGUGUGUGUGUGUGUGUGUGUGUGUGUGUGUGUGUGUGUGUGUGUGUGUGUGUGUGUGUGUGUGUGUGUGUGUGUGUGUCCUCCCAUAAAUGGGUCUGUCAACAAACAUAUAGCCUGCUGGGUGGGUAGUUGUGGCUAAUCCAAUUUGCAGUCUAAUUCCGGUGCCUUAUCACAGACUUCUUGAAUCUGCACGGGGAGAGAUUCCGACAACCUAAUCUCUACCCUGGGCUGAGCCUGUGAGAUCCCUCCCGAGUAAGAGGAGGGCUUUUCUUUAUUUUUAUGAAUGAAUGUGAGAAGAAAUCCCGCCCAAAGAGGAGCCUACUCCUCCUGACCUCUUCCGGUGAGGGUAAAGGGACCAGUCUUUGGCCAGCGGCUACUAAACCGUGGAGCUGGCCGUAGCCUAUUCUCAUGUUGUUGACUGGCAAUCGUCGCGCUUCACCGCUCCUGAUCCUCCUUCUCCUCACAUUCAAUUACUCAAGGGGCUCGCUCUUGGCGUGCGUGUUGCCGGGGGUAACGCUUGUUGCCGAGCACAAUGUCGGAGCACACGCAGCUCGCCCUGGCGUUAUGCAGGAUUGGGUUCUACACGUGUUUCCGGGCACUGUGCUGUAAAGGACCCCCGCCACCGCGACCAGAGUACGAUGUGGUCUGCAUUGGGCUGACGGGCGCGGGGAAGACCAGCUUGCUCUCGCGCCUCUGUAGCGAGGGCAGCGAGGGCAUCGUACCCACGACAGGUUUCAGCAUCAAAGCAGUGCCAUUCCCAAACGCCAUCUUGAAUGUAAAGGAACUCGGAGGUGCCGACAACAUCAAGAAGUAUUGGAGCCGGUACUACCAGGGCUCUCAAGGCGUGGUGUUCGUCCUGGACAGCGCCUCGUCGGACGAAGACCUGGAGGCCGCCCGCAACGAGCUCCACUCUGCCCUGCAGCACCCCCAGCUCUGCACGCUCCCCUUCCUCAUCCUCGCCAACCACCAGGACAAGCCUGCCGCGCGGACCCCAACCAGGUCAAGAAGUACUUUGAGUUGGAGCCGCUGGCCCGGGGGAAACGCUGGAUCCUGGAGGGCAGUGACGUGGACAACAUGGAGACUGUGAAGGACACCUUCGGCCAGUUCAUCAGCCUGCUGGAGGAUAAAGACACGGAGCCCGCUAGGAUAUGAUGCUAGCCCUGCUAGCGGCUAACCCCCCGGACUCUAGAAGCUCAUGAGAUCACGAUCAAGAUGUGGGCUACCACAUCCUCCGAGUGUAUACACACACACACACACGCACACUAACACACACACUAGCGUACACGUGAAUGCAAAAAAUCAAACAGUAAUGUAAAAAAACGCAACACAUUUCAAUAGUUGAUUCUUGGUUGCUGCUAUUUAAAAGCACCGUGUAGGCAACUUCAAAACCAAAUCCACUAGGCGGGUAUGGAGUCAUACAGCUCCGGCCCUGUCCUAUCGGAUGAAUAUGAAUGACUCUAAUCUCCCUUAUGUUGUCAUUGGACACGCACAUACAACGUUGACACACCUAUACACACACACACACACGCACGCACACACACACGCACAAACACACACACACAAACAACCACAUGCCCACACACACACCCACACACACACACGCCCACACACAAAGAGGAGCCCAGGUUGUCUGUAAAUAUCUCUAGCAUCUUUCACUAAUUACGUCGCAGGAUGUUUGGGUCAGCACGAUUGAUUGUCGGUCCGCUUCAAACCUAAACUGUACUGUGCGGUCGUCAUGCGUACUUCUCCUUUUGACUCUGUAUAGAGGAAUGUCGUUGCGUAAUUGGAGUGUAGUCCACAGCCUUACGUGAUGUGUGUGUGUGUGUGUGUGUGUGUUAUGUACAGUAGUUACAUAUCCAUGUGUUUCGGCACACAGACCCGUGUCUAGUCGAAUGAAUCAUUGGAAUAUCUUUAAGUAUCGUGUACAUACAAUAGGAGAGCAUAAUACUGUAAUCCCCUCGCCCCCAUGUGCGACCCAAAGCCUGCUUCUACAGUUAUUAGGACUUAGUAACUUGAUGGAGAAAAACAGGCUAUUUUGGAAUAAUGGGAACGUGUCUGUAUGCUUUCCUUUUUUUUUAAUGUGCAACUUGAGAUAUAUUUUGUAGCUAAUUAUAAAAUCUGUUAACAUUUACAAAAUGCUUUUUAGAACACAUCAUUGUUUUUAUAAAUAUAUCACGUAGCUUUGUUCAUAAAGUCUUAAUCCCAGGCCAAGGGGCAAUGAUUGACCUUGUUUGGUGUAUCCGUCGAGAAAUGAAAGGGGUCCUCGCCUUGUUGCUGGAGUGAAUGUCCACCUUUUUUAUUUUUAUUUCUCCCUCCUCUGUCUGUCUUGUUCACUCCCCGGUCGCACCUCUCGUGUGUGUGUGUGUGUGUGUGCGUGUGUGUGUGUGUGUGUGCGUGUGCGUGUGCGUGUGCGCGCGCGUCCACCACACUCCCAUCAGGGUGGAAUACAAACUCUAUCAAUCAGCCAGGCCAGCAGCUGCAGCUGACAAGUCCCUGUCCGACACACUAAUGCCUUCCAACUGUCUGUGAAGACCCCUCCCUGUCUGCUACCCCAUUGCCUUGUCGCGGACCACCCCCAGUAACACACCACCACCACCACCACCACCACCACCACAACACACGCAUACACAUCCCUACUCAUCCCAACCGUCUAAGACCUCCCCUGGAUCCGCUGCCGAUCCCUGGGUCCCAUACGUCCCCACUGUGGUAUGUGGUUGGCCCCCCCCCACCCAACAGCUCUGUGUAGACUCCACACCUGCGCAGUGUGUGAUAUUUUUACGUGCCACAGGUGUGCUUAUGUCCCAUGAGCCUCUUGAGGAACAAAACAUUCUGUAUCGUUGACGGGUUGUGGUUUAUUUUGUCUUCUGUCUCUUUUGUUUUUAAUAUAUAUAUAUAUAUAUUCACAGUGUAUGUCUUUUGUUUUCUGUAUGGUUCGGCAGAGAAGUUUAGGACUUUUACCACCUGCGAACGGAUCCUAAAACGAACAUUGUUGUCUUUUUUUGCGCAGCCGUUGAGGUCGAUAGAUAAAGAGUGUCUACCUGACGUUCGGGUUGGGGUCGCGCCCGCCGCGGUCUGAGCACGUGCAGACGAAACGUUGGACUCCCAAGCGGCAGCCGAAGCUGUACGACGGGCAUAAAGCACCUUCAGAGGCGGAAGGUGUAACCUUAUGUACCGUUAUGUAUUCCCGUACGGUUCAUGUACCUGCUGUGUAUUCUUAAUGAAUACAACCCCCCCCCCCCAUCCUCCCCUUCUCCCCCGUUUGCCCCGACGGCGUCGGGAUACGUUACCGUCUCCCCUGUGGCUCGCAGGUUGUUUCCAGGACCCCUCGUUCGAAAAAGGUCUGCCAAAAAAAAAAAAAAGACCUGCCAAAUUGUCUUUUCUGGAAUCUGCCUUUUUUUUUUCUGUUUCAUUCACUAGCUUUAAGACCAGAUCAUUUGUAACGCCAAGAAGCACAGACGCUCCCUUUGGUUGGUGUUGAUCCGCAUAGCAAACAUCACCGUAGGUUUUAAAACCGCUCGUCAUAGUAUGUUGUUUUUUUUCUUUGAUUUUAUGAGUUUUGUCGAAAAAUGACAAUUAAAUUUAUGAAAAGCGAA